AUGGCUCGCUGGCUCAUCCUUGCACUGGCUAUAUAUGGCGUGGCUGCCCAGAAUGAAUUCGCAUUUGACGACAAUGACUACGUUCAAUACAAGACUCUCCCGCAGCUUCCCAACUAUCGGAUAACAAAAUGGGAUAUCACCUACCAUGAUCGAUCUCAGGUUGCACCCGGUUACUGGUUCACUGCGCCGUACUGGAUUUACGGCGGCGAUAAAGAGACAAAUCAGUGGAGGCCUUAUCAGAUUGGACCUCACAUCUUUGACGAAGACGGGACCCUCGUGUGGGCAGGAUCCGCCGAAUUCGACAAUGCCCCCGUAUACGAUUUUCGAGCCGUUGAUUUGCCUGAUGCGGAUGGGAGCAUGAAACCACACUUAUCUUGGAUGCGAUGGCAUCUACCUGAGGAAAUGGACACCGACGGCGUAUCUACAAUAUACGAUCAACAUUACCAGCCCACAAAGUCAUGGUCUCUCCCAGCCAAUGAUGUAGACACCCACGACUUGACCAUCAAAUACUCACGCAAUGCUCUGGAGAUCCAUAUUCGACACGAAGAGCUCGAUCUGGGCGAUUUUGGUCGACCAGACAUAAGGCAAGAUAUUCUAACCUGUGGAUUCACCGAUACAGACCUCGUCACUGGGGAGGUAUUAUUCGAUUGGAGAAGCACCAAUAAAGUCAAGCUGAACGAAAGUUACAGAUCGCUACCAGAAGACGAGCACCCCAAUCCAGACUAUAUGCAUGCAAACGCCAUCGACAAAAAUGAUGCUGGUGACUAUCUACUCUCCGGUCGACACACUGGUACAAUCUAUCUCAUCGACGGCAAAGACGGCCACAUUAUUUGGCAUCUUGGUGGCAAGGAAAAUGAUUUUGAAAAAGACUUUGACUUCUUUGGACAGCACGACAGCCGAUUCAUCAGCGUCAACUCCACUCAUAUGGUGAUUUCCCUCUUCAAUAACGGGGCUUUCGAUGAGCAUUAUCACCAGAAACCUUCAUCCGCCAUGUACAUCCAACUCGAUGUGGUGAACAUGACUGCCACCCUUUUAAACCAGUAUUUCCGACCUGAUGGCGAGGUCACUGAUCGCCGUGGAAACAUGCAAACUCUUCCAAAUGGAAACGUGCUUGCAGGCUGGUCUUGGGAUGGCUAUGUGUCCGAAUACUCCCACGACGGAGAACUGUUGAUGGAGGCCAAAUUUGCAUCCGAUCGACACGACACCUACCGCUCAUAUAAAUUUCCAUGGACUGGUCGCCCUAUGUACCCACCUACCCUUCUAUCUGAAGCAUACGGUGUCAACGGGUCCGAACUUUCAACUGUCUUCCAUGUUAGUUGGAACGGAGCCACCGAUAUUGCAUUCUGGCGGUUCUAUGCUCGCCACAGUAACUCGGCUCCCAAACGGGAAAUUGGCCUAGUGUCAAAGGAAGGAUUCGAGACCAGCUUUAUCGCUCGCGGAUAUAUGGACUGGGUUUCUGUUGAAGCAUUGGACAGCGAAAUGAACACUAUAGGAGAAUCGCAAGAUUCUCGAACCUCCGCCCCGGGUUACUGGGCACCCAAGGCACCGCUGCCCGAACCUAAUAAUCCCGAGACAGCCGUUACGACCACCCGACCCUUACAGGUGACCCAUGAAAUUGGAGGAUCGAUUGUCAGCUUCUUGACCGGACUUGUUGUCAGUGGCGCCUUUUGUGCUGUGGUGGUAUACCGGAGAGCUAUCUAUUGUUUUGUCCUGACCUCCGUUGCAAAAGUGAUCCCAGGAGACUAUACACGGCUUUGGUCAGGGGACUCGGACGACUUGGAAGGUAACCAUGAGUUCAAAACCCUCAAUUCAACAGACUCAGACAUAGACUGA